AUGCAGUGCCAGAGUGCAAGGGAGGUUGCUUCGUGGCAGCAGCACCGGACAUUUGAGGCACCUCAGAAGUGCCAUUCGCUGUCCCCUUCCUCCCUUCCCCCUUCGAUUUCCCCCCUUCAACUGGCAGUGCUGGAGUGGAAGGGAGUGCUAGAGUGGAAAGGAGGUCGCUUCAUGGCAGCAGCACCAGAACUAGUCACCGCCCUCACCAGUCUACCACCCUACCUUGAAAGGAUUGCUGGAAGGGAAGGGAGGUCGCUUCGUGGCAGCAGCACCGGACCUUUGAUUCACUGUCCCUUUCCCACCUUUCCCCGUCAUUUUGUCCCAUUCCCCCUUCACUUUCCCCCCCUUCCCGUUGGUAUGGCAGUGCUGGAGUGGAAGGGAGGUCGCUUCAUGGCAGCAGCACCGGACCUGCUCACCCCACCGCCCUCACCUCUCUUCUCUAUCUAUAAUGGGCAACGAAUGCACGGCCCACCUGGCACGGGCAAGUCAACCCUCCUCCCCUCUGUACUCCUCCCCAUGGCCCUCCCCUCCUCCACCCUCCUCUCCAUUCCCUCCUCCGAUUCUCCCUUAACAUCUCCUCUUGCGGGCGAGUCAGGGGAAGGCAGCAGCAGGGGGAGGCGGGAGCUGAGGGUGGUGCUGCUGCAGAAGGGGGAAGUGAAGGGCAUGGCAGGGGUGCUGCAGGCGGCUGCCAAGAUGCCAUCCCUGCGCUUCUGCCUUGUCAUUGACAAUCUGAACCUGCGGGUGAGUGCUUUAUGUUCAUUUCUGUUUGGGAGAAUGUGGUUGGAGUGGAGUGAAGGGCAUAGCAGGGGUGCUCCAAGCAGCUGCCAAGAUGCCGUCCCUGCGCUUCAGCCUCCUUGCAGCAUGGGGGGCAGGGGCAGCAGGGGGAGGCGGGAACUGAGGGUGGUGUUGCUACAGAAGGGCGAUGUGAAGGGCAUAGCAGGGGUGCUACAGGCCGCUGCCAAGAUGCCCUCCCUGCGCUUCUGCCCCGUCAUUGACAACUUCAACCUCCGGCCCUUCCCCAGCAAUGUACAGCUUCUUGCCACCUCGCUUUCUCCUGACCUCAUUCGCCCUCCCGCUGCUGCUCCUUCCACCACUCCUCCCACUGCCGUCGAACCAACUCAAGUCCAUGCUACCGAGCCAUCCCUCCCAUAA